CCCUUCUCUCACGCGCAUGCGCAGAGGACUGAGGAACGUUCGCAUUAUUUUCUUCCUCGCGUGACGUCACGGAGCCCGGAAGUGGAGCACCAUGUGCGGGGGAUGCGUCAAGACGGAGUACCCCUCGCGGGGUAACACCUGCUUGGAGAAUGGUUCCUACUUGAUGAACUUCGUAGGUUGCAUUGAAUGCAAAAAGAAGGAAUUUGUGAUGAUAACAAACAGAGCAAGAGAAGAAGAGGAUGGAGAAGAGAUUAUCACUUAUGAUCAUGUAUGUAAGAAUUGUCACCAUGUAAUAGCCAGGCAUGAGUACACAUUCAGUGUAGUGGACGAUUACCAGGAGUACACCAUGCUGUGCAUGCUCUGUGGCAGGGCAGAAGAUUCCAUCAGUGUUUUACCAGAUGAUCCUCAUCUGAUGACUCCUUUGUUCUAAAGAGUUCUGGUUUUUUAAUUGACUGUGUUGUACUGAUUUAUAAACAUGUAUAAAAAUGGUGGGCAGUUGCCCUUCAGAUAUCA